AUGAUGUUCCACAGCUUUUCCUUUGCUGCUGUUUUCACCUUGGCAGCAUGUCAUACUAUAUUUACUCAACUUGAAGCUGGAAGUGUUACAAGUGCCGUCGGAGUAGGCAUUCGAGACCCAAACUACGAUGGACCCAUCUACGACGUAACAUCCAACGAUAUUGCAUGCAACGGCGGCAAGAACCCAACCACAGCAACAAAUGCUAUCAUCACUGUUCAAGCUGGGUCUACAGUCAAAGCAAUAUGGCGACAUACUCUCACUUCCGGCGCUAACGAUGUCAUUGAUCCCAGCCAUAAGGGGCCUGUGAUGGCAUACUUGAAGAAAGUUUCAAAUGCCGCCACUGAUCCAGGCUAUGGUGCUGGAUGGUUUAAGAUUCAGGAAGCUGGUCUCACGAACGUCGCUACACAAGACUGGGCAACGACAGACCUCAUCGCAGCCAAAGGCGAACAAUCCAUCACGAUCCCAUCAUGCAUUGCUCCAGGCCAAUAUCUUCUGAGAGCAGAACUCAUUGCUCUCCACGGAGCAUCUUCAUCCCAAGGAGCACAGUUCUACAUGGAAUGCGCACAAAUCAACAUCACUGGAGGAACCGGUGCUAAAAGCCCUCCUACAGUCAGCUUGCCGGGUGCUUACAAGGCUACUGAUCCAGGAAUUUUGAUCAAUAUCUAUAAGACCUUGACUGGGUAUACUAUUCCUGGGCCUUCAGUUUUCACGUGCUAGUUCUAGAGUAGGUAUGGGGACGAGAAACAUCUGGUAAGAGGUAGGGGACAAGCGCUUGAUGAAAGUAGUACGGAAACUGGAAUCAAAUUUUUGCCGAGCUGUUGGAUUAUUUGUUCAAUAACAGUAUCGAUAUCCAAUUUGCAAGUCUUCUCUACUAGCAUGCUUCAUGUCAGCAAGCGCGUCUUAGGGUCAAAGUCGUAUGAUCUGUAGCAGAAACGCAGGGAUAUUCAAAACCUGAAGUCAUUUUUGAUGCCUCGAGUUAAAAUGUCUGACUCUAGUAAUUUGUG